UUAUUUAAGAAUUUAAAAAAGAGUUUUAUUUAUCUGAGCUUAUUACCCGCUAUUUUAUUAGUUUUAUUUAUUGAAAAACCUAGAGAAGGGCUUAGAUUCUAUAUAAAUCAUUAUAUUUCAAAUAUAAUUUUUAUUAAAGAUUACUAUCUAUUUUUACUUGUAAAAGAAACCUUGAAUAAUUAA